ACAGUACUAAAAAAUAAUCAGCUGUUAUCAUCAAUAUAAAAAAAUCAUUAUAAUAUUAUAUAAAAUAUCUUGAGAAUUUGAAAUAAAAAAAAAAGAGACACAUAAAUAAUAUAAAAAAUGUCAAAACAAAAACAUAAAAUGAGUGUAAAUAAAAAUAAACAAUUACAAAUACAAAAAAAAGAUAUUGAAAUAUUCACUGAUGCAUUUAAUUUGUGUUGGGAUUUAUUAAAAAAAAAUAAUUAUUAUAAUACUGAGAAUGUUGAUAAUAAAAAAUCUCCAAUAUCAACAUUAUCAGUUAUAAAUGGACAAAAAAUAUACGAUGCGAUGAUAAAUAUUAUUGAAGAUAUAACUAAAACAAAUAAUAAUGGAGUAUUUGAUUACAGUGAAAAAUCAAUACUCAAUAUUGAUUCAGCUAAAAAACCAGACUAUAUUGAACAUCAAAAAAUAAAUUAUGGUGUUUGGGAACAACCAGAUGGUUGGCCUAGUCAAAUAUUGCAAAGUGCAUCAAGUAGAAUUAUUGAGCCUCUUGAUGAUUCAUCAACAAGUAGAUAUAAUAAUUAUCAUCCUCAUCAUCAUCAUCAUCAUCAUCAUCACAAUUAUACUGACUCAGUAUACACUGGUUUAACAAAUAUGAAUGCUGGUAAUUCAUCAAUGGAAAAAGAUUAUGAUGAUGAUGAUACUGAUGAUGAUUAUGGUAAAACAACUAAUAAAAAAAAUACAUCAAGAAAUCAGCCAAUUGUAUUUGUACCACAUGAAUUAAAAUUACGAGCUGUUACAAUAUCACGUGAUAAUCCAACAUGGUCUGUUAAAAAAAUAAGAGAAGAAUCUGGAUGUAAUCAUAUUGUUAGUAAACAACAAAUUGAAAGAUGGGGUGAACAACUUGAAAGAGGUGGAUCUGCACGUGAUAAAUGGAAAGAUAUUAAUAAUUGGGUUUAUGAAAGAUGUCUUGAAAAUAAAUCAAGAAAUAUCAAAGUAACAAAUAAAUUAAUACAAAAUUGGGGACUUGAAGCUAAGACAAUAUUAAUGAUACCAAGUUUAAAAUUUUCUGCUACAUCUGGCUGGCUGGCAUAUUUUAAAAAACGUUUUAAUAUUACUGGAAAAGCUUGGGAUUUAAAUAUUGAUAAUGAGCCAUUAUUACCAUCACCUGCAUCAAUGGUUGUCGCUAAUUUUGAUACACAUAAUUUACCAUGGGAACUUGGUGGUAAGAUUAAUGAAAAAAUUAAAAAUCAUCGUAAAAAUUAUAAAAAAUUAAGAGUUGAAUAAUUAAUCAUCAUUACAGUGAUUUAAUUAAUCUUACUAAAAUUCAAAAUAAUAAUAUAAAAAAAAAACAAGCUACUCUAUAAUCAAAAACAUGUAAAUAAUUUAUUCUAUUUUAAUUAUUAAGUACUUAAUUUGAUCAAAAGAAAAAAAAUUAUUCUAUUAUGAUAUUGUAAAUACAUGACAAUAUAUUAUUAUUAAUUUGACUUUAAACUUUUCUAUAAAACAGUCAAAUUAUUUAGUAGUUUUUAUGUUUUUUAUAUGCUGAUGAUAUUUAAAAAAUAUUAUAAAAUUAUAUAAUCAUAUUAUAUUAAUUAAUAAAUUCAUAUAUAUUUAAAUGCUUUUGUAUUAAAUAAAUCAAAAUUAUAUAGCUGAA